AGUUUCUGCUCCUGGAGAACGUGGUUCACCACUUCAGCUACCCGUGCAUCCUGGACCUGAAGAUGGGCACACGGCAGCACGGGGACGAUGCCUCGGAGGAGAAGGCUGCCAGGCAGAUGAAGAAGUGUGAACAGAGCACCUCCGCCACCCUGGGGGUACGUGUCUGUGGGAUGCAGGUGAGUCCAGGGUUUUCUAUGUCUUUUUAAACUUUUAAUUCACCUGAAAGUGUAAAGCUCUCUUUUGCAAAGGAGACCUAGCCAAGACAACAGCAAGCAUGCCAGCAUACAGUGCCUUUGGAAAGUAUUCAGACCCCUUUACUUUUUCCACAUUUUGUUACGUUACAGCCUUAUUCUAAAAUUGAUUAAAUUGUUUUUUCCCCUCAUCAAUCUACACACAAUACCCCAUAAUGACAAAGCAAAAACAGGUUUUUAGAAAUAUCAAAUUUAAAUAAGUAUUCAGACCCUUUACUCAGUACUUUGUUGAAGCAACUUUGGCAGCGAUUACAGCCUCAAGUCUUCUUGGGUAUGACGGUAAAAGCUUGGCACACCUGUAUUUGGGGAGUUUCUCCCAUUCUUCUCUGCAGAUCCUCUCAAGCUCUGUCAGGUUGGAUGGAGAGUGUCACUGAACAGCUAUUUUCAGGUCUCUCCAGAGAUGUUAGAUCGGGUUCAAGUCCGGGCUCUGGCUGGGCCACUCAAGGACAUUCAGAGACUUGUCCCGAAGCCACUCCUUCGUUGUCUUGGCUGUGUGCUUAGAGUCGUUGUCCUGUUGGAAGGUGAACCUUCACCCCAGUCUGAGGUCCUGAGCGCUCUGGAGCAGGUUUUCAUCAAGGAUCUCUCUGUACUUUGCUCCAUUCAUCUUUGAAUCGAUCCUGACUAGUCUCCCAGUCCCUGCUGCUGAAAAACAUCCCCACAGCAUGAUGCUGCCACCACCAUGCUUCACCGUAGGGAUGGUGCCAGGUUUCCUCCAGACGUGACGCUUGGCAUUCAGGCCAAAGAGUUAAGUCUUGUUUUCAUCAGACCAGAUAAUCUUGUUUCUCAUGGUCAGAGUCCUUUAGGUGCCUUUUGGCAAACUCCAAGCGGGCUGUCAAGUGCCUUUCACUGAGGAGUGGCUUCCGUCUGGCCACUCUACCAUAAAGGCCUGAUUAGUGGAGUGCUGCAGAGAUGGUUGUCUUUCUGGAAGGUUCUCCCAUCUCCACAGAGGAACUCUAGAGCUCUGUCAGAGUGACCAUCAGAUUCUUGGUCACCUCACUGACCAAGGCCCUUCUCCCCCGAUUGCUCAGUUUGGCCGGGCGGCCAUCUCUAGGAAGAGUCUUGGUGGUUCCAAACUUCUUCCAUUUCAGAAUGAUGGAGGCCACUGUGUUCUUGGGGACCUUCAAUGCUGCAGAAAUAUUUUGGUACCCUUCCCCAGAUCUGUGCAUCGACACAAUCCUGUCUCGGCGCUCUACGGACAAUUCCUUCAACCUCAUGGCUUGGUUUUUGCUCUGACAUGCACUGUCAACUGUGGGGCCUUAUAUAGACAGGUGUGUGCCUUUCCAAAUCAUGUCCAAUCCAUUGAAUUUACCACAAGUGGACUUCAAUCAAGUUAUAGAAACAUCAAGGAUGAUCAAUGGAAACAGGAUGCACCUGAGCUCAAUUUCGAGUCUCAUAGCAAAAGGUCUGAAUACUUAAGCAAAUAAGGUAUUUCUGUUUUUUAUUUGUUAUAAAUUCCCAAAAACUUUCUCAAAACCUGUUUUCGCUUUGUCAAUAUGGGGUAUUGUGUGUAGAUUGCUGAGAAAAAAAUAUAUUUAAUCCAUUUUAGAAUAAGGCUGUAGCGUAACAAAAUAUGGGAAAGGUCAAGGGGUCUGAAUACUUUCCGAAGGAGCUGUAGGCUACCACUUAGAAUGCAUGCCCAAUGCAGUGCUUCGUUCUACAUUGUUUGCUAGUUUGGGUAUCAGUAAGGAUGGCUUACACAGUAGCUACAGCUCCGUAGAUCCCUUACUCCGUAGAUCCCUUACUCCGUAGAUCCCUUACUCCCUAGAUCCCUUACUCCCUAGAUCCCUUACUCCGUAGAUCCCUUACUCCCUAGAUCCCUUACUCCGUAGAUCCCUUACUCCGUAGAUCCCUUACUCCGUAGAUCCCUUACUCCGUAUCUCUUCAUAUUGAUUCUACUAACACCUGGGCUGACACAGAGAUCCCACAACAGGAAGCCGAGCAGGACAGGAGGGAUACUGAGUAUCCUAUCAAGUUAGAAACAAGAGACAACUGGGACAUACUGCACUUUAUUGCCCAUUCGGUUGGAACUGAAUUUCACCUUCCUCCUUGAUCCCAACACCCCCAGACACACACACACACACAGACACACACACACACACACACACACACACACACACACAGACAGACAGACGUUGAGAGGCACACCACGAAUUCCAGAGGGACGGACGCCGUGAUUGUCUGUUCACAAUGUAGGGCCUGUAACACUAGCAGGGACAAUGGCCCCCAGCAUUGAUCCCAACGUCCAGCUUCAGAAGGCCUCCUCUCCUCCUCCAUUUGUAUGGUUUUGUUCUCUCUCUCUCUCCCCCAUAAAUCAGAAUGACUCACCAUGUUCUGUUGUGUUUUUCUGUCCCCCCCUCUGUGUUCUGUUUUAAUGGUACAGGUCUAACCUCUGUACUCUCUGUCUGCAUCCCAAAUGGCACCCUAUUCCCUCGGUAGUGCACUACCCCUAUGUGCCCUGGUCAAAAGUAGUGCACUUUGUAGGGAAUAGGGUGUCAUUUGGGACGGAGCCUCUGUGUGUUGUGUAGUACCGGGUGUAACCUCUUAUCUCUGUGUUUUAUGGUCCAGGUAUAUCCUCUUAUCUCUGUGUUCUAUGGUCCAGGUAUAUCCUCUUAUCUCUGUGUUUUAUGGUCCAGGUAUAUCCUCUUAUCUCUGUGUUCUAUGGUCCAGGUAUAUCCUCUUAUCUCUGUGUUUUAUGGUCCAGGUAUAUCCUCUUAUCUCUGUGUUUUAUGGUCCAGGUAUAUCCUCUUAUCUCUGUGUUCUAUGGUCCAGGUAUAUCCUCUUAUCUCUGUGUUCUAUGGUCCAGGUAUAUCCUCUUAUCUCUGUGUUUUAUGGUCCAGGUAUAUCCUCUUAUCUCUGUGUUUUAUGGUCCAGGUAUAUCCUCUUAUCUCUGUGUUCUAUGGUCCAGGUAUAUCCUCUUAUCUCUGUGUUUUAUGGUCCAGGUAUAUCCUCUUAUCUCUGUGUUUUAUGGUCCAGGUAUAUCCUCUUAUCUCUGUGUUCUAUGAUCCAGGUAUAUCCUCUUAUCUCUGUGUUUUAUGGUCCAGGUAUAUCCUCUUAUCCUUUCUGUCCGGUAUAUCCUUUUCUGUGUUCUAUGGUCCAGGUAUAUCCUCUUAUCUCUGUGUUCUAUGGUCCAGGUAUAUCCUCUUAUCUCUGUGUUCUAUGGUCCAGGUAUAUCCUCUUAUCUCUGUGUUUUAUGGUCCAGGUAUAUCCUCUUAUCUCUGUGUUUUAUGGUCCAGGUAUAUCCUCUUAUCUCUGUGUUUUAUGGUCCAGGUAUAUCCUCUUAUCUCUGUGUUUUAUGGUCCAGGUAUAUCCUCUUAUCUCUGUGCUCUAUGGUCCAGGUAUAUCCUCUUAUCUCUGUGUUCUAUGAUCCAGGUGUAUCCUCUUAUCUCUGUGUUCUUUUGGUCCAGGUGUAACCUCACAUCUGUGGUUCUAUGGUCCAGGUGUAACCUGUUUCUCUGUGGUUCUAUGGUCCAGGUGUAACCUCUGUUCUCUCUGUGGUUCUAUGGUCCAGGUGUAACCUCUGUUCUCUCUGUGGUUCUAUGGUCCAGGUGUAACCUCUGUUCUCUCUGUGGUUCUAUGGUCCAGGUGUAACCUCUGUUCUCUCUGUGGUUCUAUGGUCCAGGUGUACCAGAUGGACACGGGCCACUAUCUGUGCAGGAACAAGUACUACGGCCGCAGCCUGUCCAUCGAGGGCUUCCGCCAUGCCCUCUACCAGUUCAUGCACAACGGGACGUCGCUCAGGAAGGAUCUGUUUGAGCCCAUGCUGUGUAAGCUACGCAGCCUGAAGGCCGUUCUUGAGAGACAGACCACCUACCGUUUCUACUCCUCCUCCCUGCUCAUCAUCUAUGAGGGGAAGGAGCCUGAGCUGGCCCACGUCUGGCAGAAAGCACCACAGGAAACCUGGCAGCAGAAAGCAUCACCACCACAGGCCCCGGCAGAGCCCUGGGAAAACCAGAAACCACCAGCACCACAGCCAGCAGCUGAGGUGCCCUCAGAGAAGGAGGUGGUGGUCAACCCAGGGGUAGGAAUCCAAGGUGUCCAAGGACUGGGGUUAGGAGUGAGGCUCCAAGGUGUCCAAGGACCGGGGUUAGGAGUGGGGCUCCAAGGUGUCCAAGGACCGGGGUUAGGAGUGGGGCUCCAAGGUGUCCAAGGACCGGGGUUAGGAGUGAGGCUCCAAGGUGUCCAAGGACCGGGGUUAGGAGUGAGGCUCCAAGGUGUCCAAGGACCGGGGUUAGGAGUGGGGCUCCAAGGUGUCCAAGGACCGGGGUUAGGAGUGAGGCUCCAAGGUGUCCAAGGACCGGGGUUAGGAGUGAGGCUCCAAGGUGUCCAAGGACCGGGGUUAGGAGUGAGGCUCCAAGGUGUCCAAGGACCGGGGUUAGGAGUGGGGCUCCAAGGUGUCCAAGGACCGGGGUUAGGAGUGAGGCUCCAAGGUGUCCAAGGACCGGGGUUAGGAGUGAGGCUCCAAGGUGUCCAAGGACCGGGGUUAGGAGUGAGGCUCCAAGGUGUCCAAGGACCGGGGUUAGGAGUGAGGCUCCAAGGUGUCCAAGGACCGGGGUUAGGAGUGAGGCUCCAAGGUGUCCAAGGACCGGGGUUAGGAGUGGGGCUCCAAGGUGGAGUCCUCCAAGGGGCCCAUGGACCGGGGUUAGGUGUGGGGCUCCAAGGUGGAGUCCUCCAAGGUGUCCAAGGACCGGGGUUAGGAGUGGGGCUCCAAGGUGUCCAAGGACCGGGGUUAGGAGUGGGGCUCCAAGGUGUCCAAGGACCGGGGUUAGGAGUGAGGCUCCAAGGUGUCCAAGGACCGGGGUUAGGAGUGGGGCUCCAAGGUGGAGUCCUCCAAGGGGCCCAUGGACUGACAGAAGCCCCUCUCCAGCCCCUCCAGCUGCCCCAGGCUGUACCAUCUCCACCAGAAUGCCCCCCCACCCCCACCACUCCACAGCCACAGCAGCCCCACCAUGAGCCUCUCCUGCCCCCUCCACCUCUGCCCUCAGACCCCCACGCCCCCUCUCCCCCGCUACCAUGCCCCUCCGGCCCUAGCAUAAGUGUGGACGUCCGCAUGAUAGACUUUGCCCACAGCACCUUCAAAGGUUUCCGUGACGACCAGACAGUGCACGACGGGCCGGAUCGGGGC